AUGGACAUAAUUGUGGCUGCUUCUGUCCCACAUCCAAAGAUUGUUAAAAAGUACACCAAGAAGUUCAAGAGACACCACUCUGACAGAUACCACCGUGUUGCUGAAAACUGGAGAAAGCAAAAGGGUAUCGACUCUUGUGUCAGAAGAAGAUUCAGAGGUACCAUCCCACAACCAAACAUCGGUUACGGUUCCAACAAGAAGACCAGACACUUGAUGCCAUCCGGCCACAAGGCUUACUUGGUCAAGAACGUCAAGGACUUGGACGCUCUCUUAUUGCACACCAAGACCUACGCUGCUGAAAUCGGUUCCGCCGUUUCUGCCAGAAACAGAGUUGAAAUCGUUGCUAAAGCCAAGAAGUUGGGUUUGAAGGUUACCAACCCUAAGGGUAGAGUUGCUUUGGAAGCUUAA